AUGACGAAGGUUACCUCUAGACGUCUUCAAAUAUCGUCUUACAUAAUAUACGAAUACUACGUUGCCAGAGCUUCGAAUUCUACUUUACCGAACCUCCUCUUUUUACACGGGUUUCCCUCCACUGCGACCGACUUCCGCCAACAACUAGAGCACUUCGCCUCCCUGGGUUACGGUGUCAUCGCACCCGAUCUUCUUGGCUACGGCGGAACUUCCAAGCCAAAAGACCCGCAAGAAUACACAUGGCGCAAAAUGAGUACACAUAUCAAAGCCAUACUGGACGCGGAGAACCUCCACACUGUGGUAGGCGUAGGCCACGAUCUGGGUUCAUGGUUCCUCAGCAGGCUUUACCACUUUUACCCUUCCCGGUUCAGGGGCUUGGUGUUCUUAGACGUCGGAUACUCUGUACCCGGAGAGAAAUUUGAUGUCGAGAUGAUCAACCGAAUGACAAAAAAGAUGACUGGCGAAGAGAGAUUUCGAUACUGGGAUUUCUUUACGGAUGAUGAAGAGGUGGCCCUCAUGGAUCGAAAUGUCGAGUCUGUGAUAUCUCUUAUGCAUGCUUCACCUGAAGUCAUGGCUGCGAAUCUCGGGCCGCCUGGAAAGGCUCGAGAAUGGGUCUCCUCUGCAAAGAUUGCGCCAACCCAUUCUUUUGCCGACGGAGAUGUUCGGAAAGACGAAUACUUCCUGACAAAGGUUGCUUCGUUCAGGACAGGUGGAUGGACAGGCCCAACAAACUGGUACAAAGCGCUCCGAAACAACUUGUCUUUUGAAGAUGAGAAGGAUAUGGAUAAAGGGCUUGAAGUGCCCGUGUUACUAAUCGGCUGUGGAGGAGACGAAAUGACUGUUGCUUCAUUGCAGGAUCAGAUGACGAGGCCGUGGGCAAAGGCCGGGUAUCACUUCGAGGUGCUCGAAACAGGACACUGGGUCAUGCAUGAAGAUGAAGAGGAAACUAAUCGAUCGCUGCAAGAGUUUCUUGAGAAACUUGAGUGA